AUGACCUUAGAAGCCAGCAUUCAGUUCGCUCCCAAUGUUACCGCAGACGUGGUGUUCGAAGAGGUUGCCGAGACGUUGAUCCAAGGCUUCGCAAAGGUCAAGAUGGGACAAGUAGGCGGGUUCAACCAGCCUACCGAGGCCAACAGAGCGAAGCAGGCUGCGUUGUUUCGUGCUGAGUCUCAGAAAGGUGCGCUGGUGGUUGAAGACGCCAACCAUGAGUCCAUGGCUGUCUGGUUCCCACCGGCUUAUCCACGUGGUGCGCAGCCAAAGAAGGAUGAUGAUGCUACAAAGGAGCCAGACCAGGAGGUUUUUGAUCUCAUUGCAGAGAAGGAACUGGCAGCUGACAAGAGGCUGGACAUGGUUAACAAGAACUGGUAUUUGCAUUUCCUCUCAAGACGUCCUGGAUCGUCAUCAAGCUCAAGCCUGUUGGUGAGACCGGUUCUUGAGAGGGCGUCGAAGGAUGGCUUGAGAUGCUCCUUACUGUGUGUGAACGCAGAUGUGCUACCCGUGUACGAGCACUGGGGGUUCGAAGUGAGGGAGACGUUCAACGUGAAGGGGGUCGUAUGCUGGUAUAUGGUUAAGGAGCCAUGA